AUGUAGCAAAUUUAUAGAUCAUUCAAUAGCAAAAGCAUUUUCCAUUCAUCCAACCUCUUGAAAGAAAGGUUGAGAGAGAUUAUACCAAUCAAAUAAGCUUUAUUAAGAGACAUUAGAAAGUAAUAUGGAUAGAAAGAAAUCUGCAAAGUGACUGUAGAUUAAGCCAUAGGAGGAAUGAGAAAUGUGUUUGGUUUGUUUUAUGAUAUUUCAUUGUUGGAUUCAAAAACCGGUAUCACAUUCAGAGAUUACAAUAUUCCAGAAAUUUAGGAAUACCUCUAGAAAGCCAAAAAUGGUAAUGAGCCAUUGCCUGAAGCUUUAUUUUGGUUAUUAUUGACAGGUGAUUUCCCUUCAGAUCAAGAAUUUAAAUUUGUUUAAGAAGAAUGGAAGAGAAGAGGAGAAUUAGACUAAGAGACCGUAAAAUUCAUCACAAGUCUUCCAAAACAACUACAUCCAAUGACAAUGUUGUCUUAGAGUGUCUUAUACUUAUAAAAGGAUUCAACAUUUUAAUAGGCUUAUGAAAGCGGAAAAGCCACUAAACCAUAAUAUUGGGAAUACUAUUAUGAAGAUGCAAUGGACUUGGUUGCCAAACUCCCAAGAGUUGCAGCUUUAAUUUAUAGACAUAAAUAUAAAAAUGGAAAUUUGAUUAGCAGUGAUAAUUCAUUAGAUUGGGCAGCCAAUUACUCGCAUAUGAUGGGUUUCGAUCAAUUUAAUGCUUAUGAAUUAUUUAGAAUGUACUUAAGCAUUCAUGCAGAUCAUGAAGGAGGAAAUGUGAGUGCCCAUGCUACUCAUUUAGUUGGUUCUGCUUUGGCUGAUCAAUACUUGUCAUAUUCAGCUGGUAUUAAUGGUUUGGCUGGACCUCUUCAUGGCUUAGCAAAUUAAGAAGUUCUUAAAUGGUUGAUUGAAAUUAGAGAAAAAUUAGGAGAUAAAGUUUCAAAUGAAAAGAUUUAAGAAUAUGUCUUAAAUACCAUUAGAGAAGGAAGAGUAGUACCAGGAUAUGGACAUGCUGUCUUAAGAUAUACUGAUCCAAGAUAUAUUCAUUAAAAGAAUUUUGCUGAAAGAUUGAUUAAAGAUGAUCCACUUGUUGAGCUUGUUAAAUAAUGUUACCAUGUUAUUCCACCUGUUCUUAAGACAAUAGGAAAGAUUUAAAAUCCAUGGCCCAAUGUUGAUGCACAUUCAGGAGUUCUAUUAAAUCAUUAUGGAUUGAAAGAAUUUGAAUAUUACACAGUUGUGUUUGCCGUUUCAAGAGCACUUGGAUGCACUGCAAACUUAGUUUGGGCUAGAGCCUUUGGAUUACCAAUUGAAAGACCAGGAUCUAUCACAAUGAGAUGGAUUGAAGAAAAGUUUGGAGAAAAUUAAUCUGUUAAAUGAAAAUGUUUUGUAUGUUAAAUUUAAAAUAAAAA